AUGGUUCUGGUUUCUCCAUUUGCGCGCCAGUUGACACCACCUAGGCUUGUCGUUGACCAGGCACCCAGCCGACGCAACAAGGGUCAUCGUGCAUCUCCCGCGCCCCAGUCGCACGAUCAAUUCCAGUUGGGUUCAUCCCUCUCCGCCCGCUUUGGCUUGAUUUGUUUACAUGCAUCUUCCGCUUUGGAAAUCUUCGUGGCUGGAACACCGCGAGUGUGCCAUGUUUGGCGUACCGGCAAUGGGCCGAGUAUUAUUGGCCGAAAUGGGUAUAGACAUGGAAGAGGUCACUUGUGUACAAAGAUCAUGAAUGGGUCCUGGGUCAUAUGUAUUGCCGACAGCCAGGAAUCCAUGGCCAUUGCAUGGUUGAUGCUGGAUGCCGGAUGA